GCGAAGAGGCGGCGCGCCGGAAAGCUAAAGGAUAGCAAGAGACGAGCACUAAUCAAAACACAACUCUGGGGCCCGGAUCUACGUUCACCCUUCACAUUUCACUAAAGGAAGUCGAUAAGUGUCUGCAAAGUGAUUUCUGAGCGACGGAGGACUUAUAAACACUUGUUUGUGCAGGCGAGCUGAACGUUUUGGCCUUGUCAACUUGGCUAACGUUAGGCCCAGCUAGCGCUAGCUGCGGAGCUUACUUAUCGCUAGCAAAAGCAAAACAAGGAAUGAGUGAUGACCUCGGUGGUAGUGUCAGACGGUGGAGGGAACAUAGUGGAGUAUGUCACCGUGGUGGAGGAACCCCAGCAGUGCGAGCAGCAGCCUGCUGAGGAGGAGGAGGAGGAGGAAGAAGAAGAAGUGGUGCAGCAGGAGGUGGAGGCGGUGAUCGUGGGGGAGGUGGAAGAUGAUGAGGAGGAGGAGGAGGAAGGUGUGGUGCUGCAGGAGGAGGGCUGCCCUGCUGUGAUCGUGGAAGAGGUGCCCAGCGCUCAGGUGGAGGAGUGCUACUCGGCGCAGGUGCUGGUGUACGACGACGAGACGUACCUGAUGCAGGACGUGGCCGAGGAACAGGAAGUGGUCACUGAGGUGGCGGAGAACGUGGAGAUGUCGGGUCAUGACAUGGUGUGUUUUGACAAAACGUUCGAGGCAGCCGAGGCUCUUCUUCACAUGGAGUCUCCCGGAGGACUGCACAACGAACGCAACACAGCAGAGGACGUGAUGAUGGAGACGGUGGUGGAGGUGUCGACAGAGUGUGGCCCCAUAGAGGAGGAGUCCUUCCCCAUCCCUCCUGACUGUGAGCCUGCUGCCAAGAAAAAGAGAGGAGGAGGACGUAAGCCCAAAACACACCAGCCUGCAUCCAACGGUUCCUUUGACCUGGGCAUCAAGAAGAGACCGAGGGAGGGAAAAGGUAACACCACCUACCUGUGGGAGUUCCUGCUGGAGCUGCUGCAGGAUAAAAACACCUGUCCCCGCUACAUCAAGUGGAUGCAGAGAGAGAAGGGAAUCUUCAAACUGGUCGACUCCAAAGCCGUGUCCAAACUGUGGGGGAAACACAAGAACAAGCCCGACAUGAACUACGAAACCAUGGGCCGAGCCCUGAGGUAUUACUACCAGCGCGGCAUCCUGGCCAAGGUGGAGGGUCAGCGCCUGGCCUACCAGUUCAAAGACAUGCCCAAGAACAUCCGGGUGAUCGACGACGAGGAGGAGGCGGAGGAGGCGGAGGAAGGCGAGGGCGUGGUGUCGAGCCAGCAGGGACCCGCCAGCCUGGGGGCCAACUCCCCUGCAGCCACCCAGCCUCAGCAGACCUACGUCACCGUCAUCCCCAGCAACGCCGCCAGCAGGCCCAUCAGAGCGAUGCCAGUGGUCAUGACUAACUCUCUGGGUCAGGUGACAUUAAACAACUCCUCCAUCCUCACCACCACCGCGGGGGUCCCAGUAACGGUAACCAACGCCAACGCCACCCCCAAACUGGUUAUCCAGGCGCUGCCCACCAUGCUGCCCGCCGGCUCCAAAGCAGGGGAGAAGAUCACCAUCAUCACCAUCCCAGCCAAUCAGCUGGCCACGCUCAUGCAGGCUAACUCAUCGGGUCACCUGACGCAGCUCAUCCAUGCUAAACCUUUGGCUACACAGUUAGCGCAGGCCACCAUCAAAACAUCCGCCGCCCCGUCGGUGCAGCUGGCGGCGGCAUCAUCAGCAGCAGCGGGCCGGCCGCAGCUCAUCCUGGCCAAGCCGGCGGGGGCGGUGGCUCAGCCGCUGCCGCAGUUCUCCAUACAGGUCAGCCAGCAUCACCCAGCCCCACCCAAAAGCCCCACCCAGCCCCCAAAGCCCUCCGGCAGUCAGCCGGAUGCAGCGCAAUCAGAGGCUCCACCCGCCUCCAGCCCGCCUGCAGCAUCAGCACAAACCCCAGCAUCCUGAAAGCUCCGCCCUCAGCCAGGCAGGGGCAGAGGGUGGUGGUGGUGGGGGGCGGUGGCCACAGGGUGGGGGGAGGAACAGGAAGUGACUGUGGACACUGCUGAGGAAGUGCAGGACUCUCCCCUCCCCCCCCAUACCGCAGAGCAGAGAUGCUCUCUGAUUGGCCCAGACUGUCAGCAUGCUCUCACUACAGAGCAGCUGAAGCCCCUCAAAGGAUUAAAGGGACUGUUGUACAAACACACACACACACACACACACAUACACACACACACACACACACACACACACACACACACACACACACACACACACACACACACACACACACACACACACACACCCUUCAGAGCUCAGAGAUGAGCAGCCUUAGAUUGUAAAUGAAACCAGUCCUUUUUUUUGUAAUCAAACGUAAUAUAAAAAGAUAAGACUUUGUUGUAAACAGAAAUGUAAAAAGCAUUUUUUUGAUACUCAGCGGGUAUGCAUCAGUACAGAACUAGUUUAAUUCAUCUGUCUCUUCUGUUACUCCACAGCACCGUCAGUCUCCACACACCUCUCGUCUUUUUGUACUGUUCAUAAAAAGGGAGUGAAAGGAUGUCUGCGUCCACAUAAACGAACUAAAAAGGUGUGCUCCAAUUUGAAGUAUAAUAUACUAUUUUUUCUUGUACUAUCAGUGUAUUGAAGUAGAUUUUACUGAAAUAUGUAUUAUAAAAAAGAAAAAUGUGAAUUAAAAUGGUCUUGUAGUCUGUCUUUUAUUCAAAGAUACACACACACACACUCUCUAUUCUGAAAAGUGUGACGUGUUGCGUGGAGAGAAGUAACUUUCUCGGGUUUAAAAGGAGAAACUCAAGUAGAAACUUUACUCAAUGAAGUGACACAAAAUGAAAGUUGUUUAACUAUGCAUUCGAACUGUGAGAGGUGAGUAUUGAGUUAUUGCAGCAGCACUUCAGGUGAUUGAGCUAAAUGGUCUGGCUCACAGAGGUGUUAAAGGUGCUGAUGCAGGUCAGAAGUACACAGAAGUGGACACAGACACAUUCAAGUGUUUUAAAAAAAAAAAAGUUACUUAUUUUCUCAUUGUGUGAGCGAGGAAGAGAGAGAGAGAGACAGACUGUGUGUUUUACUCUUACAUUCUUCUGUGCUUGUGUGUGUGUCUGAAUGGGUGAGUGAAUAUAACUAGUUCCUAACU